GUGGCCGCUGCGGAGGAGCUGGCGGCGGCGAAGGGGGCGUGCGCGGCGAUCCGCUGCUACCCGGAGGCUAAGCCCCGCGCCCGCGGACCUCGUGCCUUGGGCUGUCCCGCCUGCUUCUCUUGCACUCAGCCUCUACCCCAGCUCAGCACCGCCCCCUCGGAGAGUCCACGCGCGACAAACGCGCCAUGGGCCCAGGCGAGCGCGCCGGUGGCGGCGGCGACGCGGGGAAGGGUAAUGCUUCGGGCGGCGGCGGCGGCGGAGGGCGCUCGGCAGCGCCGGCCGGGUCCCGGGCGGUGAGCGCGCUGUGCCUGCUGCUCUCCGUGGGCUCGGCGGCUGCCUGUCUGCUGCUGGGUGUCCAGGCAGCCGCGCUGCAGGGCCGGGUGGCGGCGCUCGAGGAGGAGCGGGAGCUGCUGCGGCGCGCGGGGCCGCCCGGCGCCCUGGACGCCUGGGCCGAGCCGCACCUGGAGCGCCUGCUGCGGGAGAAGUUGGACGGACUAGUGAAGCUCCGGACUGCUCGGGAAGCCCCAUCCGAAUGUGUCUGCCCCCCAGGGCCCCCUGGACGGCGCGGCAAGCCUGGGAGAAGAGGCGACCCUGGUCCCCCAGGGCAAUCAGGACGCGAUGGCUACCCGGGACCCCUGGGUUUGGAUGGCAAGCCCGGACUUCCAGGCCCGAAAGGGGAAAAGGGUGCACCAGGAGACUUUGGCCCCCGGGGAGACCAAGGACAAGAUGGAGCUGCUGGGCCUCCGGGGCCCCCUGGACCUCCUGGGGCCCGGGGCCCUCCUGGCGACACCGGGAAAGAUGGCCCCAGGGGAGCACAAGGCCCAAUGGGCCCCAAAGGAGAGCCUGGACAAGACGGCGAGAUGGGCCCGAAGGGACCCCCAGGGCCCAAGGGUGAGCCUGGAGUACCCGGAAAGAAGGGCGACGAUGGGACACCAAGCCAGCCUGGACCACCAGGGCUCCCUGGACCACCAGGGCCCAAGGGCGAGCCAGGGAGCGAGGGGCCUCAGGGCGAGAGUGGCGUGGGUGGUGCCCCAGGACCAAAGGGGGAGCCUGGCCACCGAGGCACGGACGGAGCUGCAGGGCCCCGGGGUGCCCCAGGCCUCAAGGGCGAGCAGGGAGACACAGUGGUGAUCGACUAUGAUGGCAGGAUCUUGGAUGCCCUCAAGGGGCCUCCCGGGCCACAGGGGCCCCCAGGGCCACCAGGGAUCCCUGGAACCAAGGGCGAGCUUGGAUUGCCUGGUGCCCAGGGUUCUUGUGGCUUUCAGGGUCCCAAAGGACAGAAAGGAGACCCAGGAGAGCCUGGGCCAACUGGACUCAAAGGGGAAGCAGGCGAGAUGGGCUUGUCCGGCCUCCCGGGCGCUGAUGGCCUCAAGGGGGAGAAGGGGGAGUCGGCGUCUGACAGCCUACAGGAGAGCCUGGCUCAGCUCAUAGUGGAGCCAGGGCCCCCUGGCCCCCCAGGCCCAAUGGGCCUCCAGGGAAUCCAGGGUCCCAAGGGCUUGGAUGGAGCAAAGGGAGAGAAAGGCGCGUCUGGUGAGAGAGGCCCCAGCGGCCUGCCUGGGCCAGUUGGCCCACCGGGCCUUAUUGGGCUGCCAGGAACCAAAGGAGAGAAGGGCAGACCCGGGGAGCCAGGACUAGAUGGUUUUCCUGGACCCCGAGGAGAGAAAGGUGAUCGGAGCGAGCGUGGAGAGAAGGGAGAGCGAGGGGUCCCCGGCCGGAAAGGAGUGAAGGGCCAGAAGGGCGAGCCGGGACCACCGGGCCUGGACCAGCCGUGUCCUGUGGGCCCCGACGGGCUGCCUGUGCCUGGCUGCUGGCAUAAGUGACCCACAGGCCCAGCUCACACCUGUACGGAUCUGUGUGGACAUUUUUAAUUUUUGUAAAAACAAAACAGUAAUAUAUUGAUCUUUUUUCACGGAAUGCGCUACCUGUGGCCUUUUAACAUUCGAGAGUGUGCCCACCCAGCCCCAGAGCCACUGGCGUGUGGAGCUGCUGGAAAGUGGACAGGCCAGACCCAGGAGGUGUAUACCUGAGGGGCACCCUCGGCCCUGGGCUUUCCCAGGAAGGAGAUGACGGUAGAAGCACCUGGCUCGGGCAAGGCUAGAAAGAUGCUACGUUGGGCCUUCAGUCACCUGAUGAGCAGAGAGACUCUGAGCUGUGUAAGAACCUGCCCCCAAACACUCUGGAGUCCCUGGGACACCCCCUGUCCAAGAAGACCCAGGGGUGGAACAGCGGCUGCUGCUCCCGGCCUCACCAGCCUCCCAACUCAACCACAACCAGCUGCCUCUACAGUUGGACAAGACUCGCCCAGCACUUGCAGCUGGGCCCGGGGAGCAGGGAGUGAAAAUCCCCCAAGAGGGUCUAGCUCCUACUGCAUUCAGUCGGCCUCGGGAGGCCAGCCUGCCCUGAGAACACAUGUCCUCUGGCCCGAAGCAGUGGCUGAGCUGUGAUCGCUGUGAUGUGGACCCAGCUCCAGGGGGCAGAGUGUCGGGGAGGGAGGGGCCCAGGCUGGACUGACUGCUCCUUCCUGUGUCUGUUUCCAUAUCAUCCAGAGAGAGACGAGAUGGGACAUGGCCUGGCCCAGGGAGGCAGGCCUCCCACUCAGAGUCUGGGUCUCACUGGCCCCAGGUCUGUCACCCAGAACUCUGGCCAAAAAUGGCUCUCUAGGUGGGCUGUGCAGGCAAAGCAAACCUCAGGCUGGUUCGCAGCUGUCCUGAGCAAAGGGCCUGCCACCAGACCCACCCACGCUCUGACGAGAGGCGUUUCCACCUCCAGCAAGUGUUCCCAGCAGCCAGCUCCAUCCUGGCUGCUUGCCUUCCAUUUCUGUGUAGAUGGAGAUCACUGUGUGUAAUAAACCACAAGUGUGUGUCUGGG